GAGGGUGAUGCUGCUGCCCGGAUGCAGGUUACUGCAUUCCCAUGGUAGCGGCACGGUGAGGCAGAGCUCCCUGUCACCGUGGGAUGGCUGGGAAGAAGACGAGACAGAGGCCUUCGCACUGAAGCUAAGUGAAGAACCUCAUAACAGCACUGCACGCCCUGUAACUCAGCAAAGACUUCAGCAAAGCACUCCUGCCCGAAGGAAGGACUUCCAGCACUACUGAGCUCUGUGCCCUGCCCUAUCUGCCCGUCCCCGCAUUGACGCGGGUGCUCAGCAGCUGCUUUUCUCCUGUCCCACCUGACUGCUCCCCACCAUGUUCCAGCGUUUCACCAGCCUCUUCUUCAGUGACAGCAGCACAGCAGAGGGCCUGGAGGAGCCCAAACCCUUUGUCUCCGAGGAGGAGGAGGAGGAUGGAUGGCUCAUAAUCGAGCUUGGAGAGGAGCCCGGCCCCGACGGCGUGGGCAGCAGCCCAAUGGAGGACCUGCUCAUCGAGCACCCCAGCAUGUCUGUCUAUGUCACCAGCACCCUUGAGCUGGAUGCAGAGGUGCCUCAGGACGAUGCUGCCGGGGAGGUGCCGGAGCCCCAGCUGGAGCGGCACGUACCGCACCGCAGCACAUCCCUGUCGGUGAAGGCCGCCGUCCUGGAGAAGGUCAGCCAGGCACGGCGGGUGCAGCGGGCCAAGCAGCUGGCCGAGAAGCCGUGGCUCAGCCAGAAGGCGCUGCAGCGGCAGGAUCGGGCUCUGGGACCCGCAGAGAAGCCUCACCGAAGGAACGCCCCCAAAGCCCCAUUUCAGCUGCUGAAUCUGAAUCUCCGGGGCAGCCCUGAGGCGCUCAGCCCCAGCACAGCUCCUCACCGCUCCGUGCGCGAGGCCGAGCAGCGGGCGCUGCCCCAGGACGGUGCUCCACGUCCAGCUCUGCCUUUCACGCGCUCUUCUAAAGAGAAGGCGCUGCCAGGGCUGAGCAGGACGCCUUACGCCUUCGCUCGGAUGCUGAGCGGGUUGGGGCGCGGCGGAGCCACGCUGUGCAGCAACGCCCACGGCCACGUCCUGCCGCAGGGCGACCCGGUGCUGCCCAAUGCCUUACACCGGUGGGACGACACUGACGCCGUGAUUUGGGAGAUGAGAAAAAAAAGCCCCACGUUUUCUACAUCACCUGUGCUGUAG